AUGCAUGCGUGUUUCUUGCGUGCAGCUCUAGCUUGCGCCGUACCUGCAGCCAGUGGCCUUGUGAUCACACACAUGCAUCUAGGGACGCAACCACCAAGAUGGGUUUGGACGAGCUACAUUGGGCAAGUCGGCGGGGCGGCUGAAGUAAUAUUGAAGCGCAAUCUCAACGCACUGGUGUUGGGGGCCGCAUCGUGCGUGUUGCGUCGUGCAAAUUUCAAUAAAAAGAAAGAAACAAAGACGCUGGUGUUGGUUGCUCUGGCGCCGACCACCUGGUGCGCGGUGUCGUUGCCUCUUGAGUUAUUGUUGUUGUGUAUAUGCAUGUCUAAUGCGGCUGAGCAUUUAGACUAA